AUGUUCGUAGCUCAAUGCACAUCGACAAGGCAGAUCAAUAUGAUGCACACCACAACCACGGGGCCAUCGCGGGCAAUUGGGAAAAGUUUUCAACCAGCAAUAAACGCACCUCGGCAAAGCCUCAUUGGUCACGUUAUCGCCUCUGCGCAAAGCUACCCACCGGGCGUGGGGAGGGAUGGGCAUUCAACGCAAUGCCUAAUCAAUGACAUUGAGGUCGAUGAUCACUAUGAGGAAUACGAAACGCUUUCAAUUAAGGAUGGUACGUGUCCAGAUGCAGUCCAGUCUCAGUCUCAGGCCAGUGGCGAUCGAUUGGACGCUGAGAGCGGCUGCGUCCUUGGGGCUGCCGAGCCCCCUCUGAAGAAUAUGAUCAGCGAAGGCGCGUAUAUCGAGUUGAUGAAAAAUUGCUCGAAAUGGAACGAACGCGCAUGCAAUGAGCGUAGGGCCAGACUUCGCUACCCAUUCUUCGAUCAACAAACGGGAACAGCGCAUCGCUUCAAUCCAGUAUUCUACCGUCUCCCUUCCCAGCGUUGUAAUGCUACAGAUGCGCACACAAUCGUUCAAUAUGUAACACAAAGAUGGCGUCGUCGUCAGUCAGCGAACUCUUCAGAUGCAAUUGAAAUGAAGAUGUUUCUACGCGACAAUCCAGCCCUCGAUGCUGCUUUAAAUACUACUGCAGCUUCUGCCCAGUCUGAAGUUAUGGAUGUGAAUUUCGACUACGGGCAAGGGAAGGGAACACCUAAAGGACUUUUCGAUUACAAUGAAGAGGGAGAUGAUGACGCAUCUAAUGAUGACGGGGGAAGCGAUGAAGAUGAUUGGGGAUCAAAAAGAAAAAGUCGCAAAGCUCAAAGUGGCUCGUCUGGUGGCCCAGGAGGCUCAAAGAAUAAGAAGAAGGCGAGUGACUCGGGAAGAGCGGGGCGAGCUAGCGCCGCGGCAGCAAGUGCGGCGCAGGACGCGGCGGACGAAACGAACAAUUUCCAUUGCACAUUGUGCUCAGCGGCCUACAAGAGUCUCGCGGGCCUAGCUUACCACAAAGCGUUUCAACAUAACGAUCCAUUACCCAUUGGUACUAGCAUAGAAAUUUCUCCACUACUUGAAACAUCGUCGAUCUGUGAUUUGUGUUUGGGCAGCAAGAACAUGAAUAAGAAGACGAUGAAACCUGAGGAUCUUGUUGUGUGCCACGACUGUGGAAGAUCGGCCCACCCAUCCUGUCUUAGCUUCAACGACAACGUCCCUGUCAUUAUCAAACGUUAUGGAUGGCAGUGCAUCGAGUGCAAGAGUUGCACGAUUUGCGGGACGUCAGAGAAUGACGACAAGCUUCUAUUCUGUGAUGACUGUGAUCGUGGCUACCAUACUUACUGCUUCACUCCGAAGAUGAAAAGCUUGCCAGAAAAUGAGUAUUCAUGUGCAUUAUGCAUCGGAACGUUCGGUGCACGUGCUAGCGCUGUGCCCAAGAAAACGGGGUCCGCCAACUAG